AGUAGCAAAGGAGAGGAAGCCCAAAGACAGAGCAGUGAGGGAGAGGAAGUGAAAAGAAAAAGCAGUAAGGGAGAGAAACUGCAAAGGAAAAAAAGGGAGGGCAAGGAAGUGAAAACACAAACAAGUGAGGAAAAGGAAGUGCAAAGAAACCAAUGUGAGAAAGAAGAUAAUGAAGUUAUGUUGCAUGGGGGUGACACUGGCGAGAGCACGGAGGGGACACUGCUUGAGUUUACUGUCGGGGACAUUGAUUUGGAUGAACCUACAGCUGUGCUAUCUCAGUUGAACGUGUGGUUGAAUGAUAAAGGUAAAGCUCUGGCACAAGGGGUCCAAUUACGGAAAAGGAAGAGGAUCAUUCCUUUGUGGAAGAUCGUUGAAGGCAGUGAAUUGGUUCCAAAAACUGGGGCACAGACAACCGGACUGAAGAUCUUAGACCCAAUGAAGGCGAUUCCGCAUGAUGAUCUGGUGAAAUUGCUGAAACUUUGUUGGGAAUGGCGCCAGGACCCAAAUUUGGUGAUGCAAUUUGGCAACGUGGAAGCUGAGAUUGAAUUCUUCGCUUCCCUCGUGAAAGCUGAUGGUUGGCUGAAAGGAGAUCACAUUGAUUUGGGGUUGUAUCUCAUCCGGAAGCGACAACAACAAUUGGAGACAGAUUCGGUAGAAGUAGCGGACUGGACAACGACCGAUGUUUUUUUUAUGGUAUGUCAUCGGCCUUCACCAAGUGCCGUUAAUAAUUACACAUUUUCCAUACACACACUAGUGGAGGUGUUUAAGCAUUGA